GAAAUAUUGGCGAAUUAUAAAAUAACAGACGAUCAUACAUAUACACAAAAACAAAAUGAACUAUAAAGAUAAAGACGACUGUGCAUACGCUUCGGGCGAAAACAUGGUAGUUAAAGCAGGAGCUCGGUUGGGUGGUAAUGAGGGCUACAGUGUACUCGAGGCAGAAGGUUACGCUGGGAUUGAGGAUUGGUCAGCUGGAGCAGAUGCAAAAAUUCAAGUUUUCCAUCUGAAUCCAAACGAUGCCCCUGUAAAAGCCCGGUUUUUCGGGGCUGACGUUGGAGCUAACGCUGGAGUAGAUUUUGCAAACAGUUUUUAUAAGAAAAACGCUGUUUUGGGGGCUGAAGUAAAAGCAAGGCUAACAUUGUCUGAUUGUAAAGCUGGACCAUUCAAUCUCCAUCUUGGACUUGGAGUUUCAACUGGAUUGGCAAUGAAGGACGGAACUGUUGAAGCGAAACUAGCUGGCACGGGAUUAAUAGUUGGCAAAAAGAUUGGUUUUGCUGCAUAUGAUAACGAAUUUUCAAUUGAUACAUUAGCUCUUGUUGGAAAAGGAUGGUUGUGGUAAUUUAAUUGAACUGUAAGUAUAACAGUGGAAUUAAUUGCAAAACUGAUGAUUUGAUCUGUUCUAUUCACUAAAAAAAUUAUAUGCAUUAUACAACAAAUCCCAGUCUCCCACCCCUAUCUGUACUCUCACUACCUAAAUUCAGAGCCUAUCUAUUAUUAUUAAAUAUAUUUAAUAAUAAUAUAUUUUGUAUAUAAACUCUUUAAAAUGGGUGCAACCAAAGAUAGAAUAUAAACCUAAUUUAUGCCUUAAUUCAUUACAUUUCAUUCAUUUGUACGUUCAAACUUCAUAUACGUUCGAAGUUCAGAUACUUUUUACGUUCAGAUAUAUUUAAUUAUUAUAUUUAAUUUUAUAAAUAUAUUUUUAUAUAUUUAUAUUUAUAUAUAUUUACCUAUAUUUAUACGAACUUCCGUACAGAUUUCUUGUAUUUUGUAUGCGUUUUCUUUCUUAUUCUUUCAAUUUUUGGAAAUUUUGUCACUGUGUAUAUUAUCACGGAAUAAGGUACUAUCAACAAAUGCUAGUCGUUGACAGGAUAAAAACCUAAGGGGUUGAUAAAAGAAACAAGUAAUAUACCUGCAUGGUGACUAUCUACAUAUAUUUUUUUUUCUUAGAGUCACGUUGAUGCGUCACUACAGUAACCUCAGAAGAAAUAAACAAUAGCAGCUAACAUUUUGAUAGUUUCUCUCUAAUCUAAUCUAAAGUAAAUAAUGUAACAUCACUAAAGAUAACUGUGUCCACAACUUAGCUUCAAUAGGACGACGCUUAGAUAUUAAAAUAUUAUAUAAUUAUAGUAUGUAUAAUAUUUAUGAGUUGUUUUUAUCACUUAUAAGCGGUGCAGAUGAUGGGAUAA